AAUACCGGCUGUUUGGAUGGAGCAGUUAUCAGUUGUCUCCAAGUCGCAACAACCAGUAAAAUGGCAUUCAUCCACUACGUUCUCGUCAUCGCAGCUUUCUGCAUCGCCGACUCCAUGCAGUCGCCGCACGAGCUCUGCGCGAAUGGUCCGGCUCCCAAGAAUGUCAACAUCGUGGGCUGCAGCAAGCUUCCUUGUGACCUUAAGAGAGGUUCCAACGUUGAAGCUGCCAUCGACUUCGCCGUCCUUGCGAACACAAAGACCCUGAGGCCCGAGGUUGAUGUGCAAAUUGGAAACGGACACGUCAAGUACCCGCUCCCCGAGCAGAACGCCUGCAAGAGUCUUGUGGGCGCAGAAUGCCCCCUGGACAAGGGCGAGGUUGUCACCUACAAGCUGAAGAUGCCAGUUGAGAAGAUAUAUCCCAAGAUCGCCCUGAUCAUCCAACUGUCUCUGAUUGACGAGCACGGAGAUGUCCAGGUGUGCCUGAGAAUCCCGGCUAAGGUUGUCGACUAGACGAUCAAGUGGACUACGGCUUUCCGAAUUGGACAAAUUAUAACUACUAUUAAUCGAUGAAUUGGACAUGUCAUUAUUUAUCUAAAUAUGAAAUAUAAUUAAUUAUUUAAAUAUU